AUGUACAGGACAGUGUUAGAUCCUCUUCAUCGUGAGGAAGACUUCGGCCCUGAGCUCUCGUGCUCUUCCAUCGCACAAACAGAACCGGGAGCGCGCGGCGGCUGCAGCACUGCUGCCGCCUUCACGGGCGCCUGGGAAAUCACACUACCAGCCUCUAAUAGCACUGCAGGAUGCGUGUGCGUUCGUGAGGCGCUCAUCCCCACAUCCCUCUCCGCGGCGUGUGACCUGCGGGAGCCCGCGGUCCUCGCCUCUCUCCCCCAGAUCCAGCUCUACGCAACAGGCUGCAGUGUCCAUGUGCGAGGCGCUCUGAGCUCCGUGUCCAGGAUGAAGAAGCAGAACGUGCGGACGCUGUCGCUGAUCCUCUGCAUGUUCUCCUACCUGCUGGUGGGAGCCGCGGUCUUUGACGCUCUGGAGUCCGAGACCGAGAGCUCCCGCAGGCGCGUCCUGGAGCAGAAGCGCAGCGAGAUGAAGAAGAAGUACCGCUUCAGCGAAGAGGACUACCGGGAGAUCGAGCGAGUGGUGCUGCAGGCUGAGCCGCACCGUGCAGGGAGACAGUGGAAAUUCGCAGGAUCUUUCUACUUUGCAAUAACUGUUAUCACCACCAUUGGUUACGGACACGCCGCUCCUGGGACGGACGCAGGGAAGGUCUUCUGCAUGUUCUAUGCGGUUCUGGGCAUCCCUCUCACCCUGGUCAUGUUCCAGAGCCUGGGCGAGCGCAUGAACACGUUUGUGCGUUACCUCCUGCACAAGAUCAAGAAGUGCCUGGGCUGCAGACGCACAGAAGUGUCCAUGGAGAACAUGGUGCUGGUGGGCUUCCUGUCUUGCCUCGGGACCCUGUGCGUGGGCGCCGGUGCGUUCGCUCACUACGAAGGAUGGAGCUUCUUCCACGCGUACUACUACUGCUUCAUCACGCUCACCACCAUCGGCUUCGGAGACUUCGUGGCUCUGCAGAAGAAAGAAGACCUGCAAGAGAAAACGUCGUAUGUUGCUUUCAGCUUCAUGUACAUUCUGGUUGGGCUCACGGUCAUCGGAGCGUUUCUCAAUCUCGUCGUUCUCCGAUUCCUCACCAUGAACUCUGAGGACGAGAGGAGAGACGCACAGGAGCGGGUGUCCCUCAAGAGGAACAAGGGGCUCUUGGACGGCCGCCUGCGUAUGCAAGGCGAGCGCAGGCAAAGAGCAGCGAACCGGCGUAGACACAGCGCCCUCUUCCUGCCCAUGGAAGAGGGAACCAGCCGGACUAACUUGAUCUCGUCCCCUGUGGAGGAGCAGGAGCGGCGGGGGAGUCCACGCCGAGGCCACAUGCACCUGCACAUCGCCGGGGCCCGCAGACCGCAGUCCAGCUUGAGCUCCCUGUGCUCCUGCGUGUGCUACCGGCUGGGCAUGUGCGACAGUCCCCUCAUGGCCGAAGACAGUGGGUGCCAUCUGAGUUCUGUUUACUAUAACUCCGUGUCCUACAGGAUCGAGGGGUGCAGAGACAAUACUGGCUUCUCCUCACCGGGCAGUGCCUUGUCCCCGAGACACAGCUUUCCAGAUUUUUCCCGAUCCAGGAGAAAAUCGGUGUAA